GUGCGCAGCAGCCCAGCAGCAGCACACAGCAGCACAAACAGCAGCACAAACAGCAGCAUGGCCGUGGAGAUGGAGCCCUCAGAUGUAAUCCGCCUGAUAAUGCAGUACCUCAAAGAGAACAACCUCUACCGAACGUUAAACACUUUACAAGAAGAAACCACGGUCUCUCUAAACACGGUGGACAGCAUCGACAGCUUUGUAGCCGACAUAAACAGCGGCCACUGGGACUCGGUUCUGCUCGCGAUUGAAUCUCUCAAGCUGCCAGACAACACUCUCAUUGAUCUGUAUGAGCAGGUCGUUAUGGAGCUGAUUGAGAUGAGGGAGAUGGGGGCGGCCCGCUCGCUCCUCAAACAAACCGACCCUAUGAUCAUGCUCAAACAAACUCAACCAGACCGAUACAAACAUUUGGAAAGCCUCCUAACGUGCACCUACUUUGACCCCAGAGAGGCUUAUCCAAAGGGAAGCAGCAAGGAGAAGAAAAGGAGGGCGAUCGCUGAGGCCAUGGUGAAGGAGGUGUGUGUGGUGCCCCCGUCACGCUUGAUAGGACUGCUGGAGCAAGUUGGUACCCAAAGAGUGCGACAGUACCAGGGACAUCUCUCUCCAGACAUGGGCUUUCACUCGCCAAACAAUGAGCCCGUUGAAGAGGAGAGCUACCCGACACAACUGUUCCGCCACAUCAAGUUUGGGAGGAGGUCUCAUGUGGAGUGUGCUCGCUUUUCUCCCGAUGGUAAAUAUCUGGUCACUGGAUCGGUGGAUGGCUUUGUGGAAGUUUGGAAUUACAUCACAGGGAAUAUAAGCAAAGAUCUGAAAUACCAGGCACAAGACAGCUUCAUGAUGAUGGAUGAAGCUGUGCUGUGCAUGUGUUUCAGUCCAGAUGGAGACAUACUGGCCACUGGAGCGCAGAAUGGAAAGAUCAAGAUUUGGAAGAUCCAGAGUGGUUUGUGCGUGCGCAGAUUUGAACACGCACACAGCAAAGGCGUCACGUGUGUGAGCUUUUCCAAGGACAGCAACCACAUCCUCAGCGCCUCAUUUGACCAAACCAUCAGAAUCCACGAGCUGAGGUCAGGAAAAACACUGAAGGAGUUGAAUGGCCACACAUCAUUUGUAAACGACGCAUGUUUCACACAAGAUGGAUUUCACAUCAUCAGUGCUUCAUCAGAUGGCACUGUCAAGGUCUGGAGCACAAAAACAUGUGAUUGUGUCCACACGUAUAAGUCCCUGACAUCUGAGGUCCCAGUCAACAACGUGAUUCCUCUUCCACAAAAACCAGAUGAGUUUGUGAUCUGCAACCACUCCAACACCGUCGUCAUCAUGAACCUGCGCGGCCAAACAAUAAAAAGUUUCAGCACAGACAGAAAGGAAGGAGCAGGGUUUGUGUGCUGCACGGUGUCGCCCCGGGGAGAGUGGAUCUACUGUGUGGGGGAGGACUUGGUGCUCUAUUGCUUCAGCUACACCACAGGAAGACUGGAGAAAACGCUGACCGUCCAUGAGAAGGACGUAAUUGGCAUCGCUCACCACCCACACGAGAGUCUGAUUGCCACAUUUAGCGAGGAUGGCCUCCUAAGGCUGUGGAAACCUUAAAGUGUCCCCUGUAAGGCUGGCAUAUGUAUUUAUGUCCAUUUAAAGGGCAACUCCAAGGCACUGUUUAGUAAUAACGUUACUAAUGUGUAUGUCAAAAACAACCUGGCAUUUUCCUGUUCUUCCUUUGAACUAACACUGCCCAUAGCAAAGCAGUCACAGUGCAGCAAACUUCUAUUGAUUACUUUUAUAUUUGUGGUUAAAUUUGUUUGUGACCACUGACCGGGGAAGGGUGAAGAACUGUUUGUCUCUUCGCCGUUACGUCCGAAAGCUGGAUAUAUAUGUGUCAGAGCCCAAAUAGCAGGUCUUGUGGGAUGUUAUGGUGGUGAAAAGACUUUUGUACACUUGUUUUGUCUUCAGUGUUUUCUGCAUGCUACCUCAGUGCAGUGUCUUUAUGUGGUUCUACACUAAUUUUCUUAUGAAUAUGAAAAUAUGCAUGACAAAGAACCUCACUCAAGAUGUAGUGUCACCUGUGUGUGCAGAAUAAAAUUACUUUCUCUGGACAGUAG